CCCAGCGCCUGCCCGGCCGGAGGCUGCCGGAGCGCAGGAGGUGUGGGGGGCGCCCAGAAGGCCUGGAGCUCCGCGCGGGUCCCCUGGAGACGACGACGACGACGAAGCCGCCUCUGCUAGGCCCUGCUCCAGCCGGCGGAGUCCUCCCGCGCGCCCAGGAGAGCCCAGGCGGUCAGCCCCACUGUGCGCCAGGCGACGAGCGCGGAACCAUGCCGGUGUUGGACCAGGCGUUUGUGACGCUGGCCACCAAUGACACGUACUGCCAGGGCGCUCUGGUGCUGGGACAGUCGCUGAGGACGCAGCGGGCGACCAGGAAGCUGGUGGUUCUCAUCACCUCACAGGUGUCCAGCCUGCUCAGGGUUAUCCUGUCGAAAGUGUUUGAUGAGGUGAUCGAGGUGAGCCUGAUGGACAGUGCAAACUACAGCCACCUGGCCUUUCUGAAGAGGCCCGAGCUGGGGGUCACCCUCACCAAGCUUCACUGUUGGACCCUCACCCAUUACAGCAAGUGCGUCUUCCUGGAUGCAGAUACUCUGGUGCUGUCCAAUAUCGAUGAGCUGUUUGACAGGGCGGAGUUUUCCGCAGCCCCGGAUCCCGGGUGGCCGGACUGCUUCAACAGCGGUGUCUUUGUCUUCCAACCGUCUCUUGAGACACACGGCCUCUUGCUGCGACAUGCCGUGGACCACGGCAGCUUUGACGGGGCAGAUCAAGGCUUACUGAACAGUUUCUUCAGUAGCUGGUCCACAGCAGACAUCCACAAGCACUUACCGUUCAUCUACAACUUGAGCAGUAACACGGCAUACACCUACAGCCCCGCCUUCAAACGAUUCGGCUCGAGUGCAAAGGUCGUGCACUUUCUGGGACCCACAAAGCCAUGGAACUAUAAGUACAAUCCGCAGACGGGCUCGGUGUUGGAGGACGGCUCCGGGUUGGGGACCCAGCACCAGACGUCCUUCCUCAACCUGUGGUGGACAGUCUACCAGCACAGCGUCCUGCCUCUUUACAAGAGCUUCCGGGAUGCGGGAGAACACGUGGCUCCAGGACAUGCCACUGGCGUCGGGGAGCCGUGUGCAGAGUCAGCAGGGUCCAGCCAGCCUUGGCCAGCUGAGGGCCCUUCGGAGGAGACGGUGGUCAUGGAGGACAUCCCACCUUCCCCCAAGGGAUGCCGUUCGGAGGACACGAUAGGGUGGCCUGAACUUGAGACUUCCGCUGGAGUGAGGUGUGACCCAUUAUCACCACCCUCCCCCCAAUGUGCAGACUCCACAGAGACCCAGACCACCUCGCGGCCUGCGGAUAAAGCAGAAAGUGGCCCGUCUGUGGAAGCCGUGGAACCGAGCCAGGAGCCCCCUGUGGAUGUCACCGGGGACCCCAGUCCUCAGGAUGCUCUGGAGGUUGACCUGGCCGUCUCCGUUUUCGAGAUUUCCAUCGAAGAGAAGGUCAAGGCCCCGAGUCCUGAGGAGGAAAGGAGACACUGGGAGGAGGGACGCAUCGAUUACAUGGGGAAGGACGCGUUCGCCCGCAUCCAGGAGAAGCUGGACCGGUUUCUGCAGUAACCUGACCGGUUGUGUUGCUCCGUGUGUGGUUAUAGACGGUGCUGUUGCAUGGUCCCGUUGCCUGGACAUCUCCUUCCGGCCCUUCAGAGGGAACAGGUGUUCAACCAUGUGCCUCUAUUUAGGGCUGACCAGCCUGAGUGCCUCAAAAAAAUAAUGUAGACCAUCCAAAACCCAGCUUGAAGCCCUCCCUGCCGCCCCCGCCGAUCCAAGCUCUCCAUGCCUUCUUGGCUGCCCCCCACUUUCAGCACAUGGGAGCGGCAAUAAACUUCUGGUAGACCCUUAUUCGUGCUCCCUGGUCUUGCCCCAAGGAGCUCCGAGAUGCUGCCUUGGGCAGGUGCUACCGUAUCUGUCCUAUGUAGCGUUAGACGUCACUGCGCGUUGUCUUCUGCCCCGAAGCUAAUGACACCGGUAUACCCGUUCAGGAACCCUCGAGGGUGGAAAGUCCUUUCCUUGAGGAUUAGGUAGACGUUCAGGCAUCUUGAGGGUGAGUCUCACGUAGACUUUGCAGAGCGCGUCUGAGAAACACCGCAGCUGUUUCUCUUCUGGAAAACCCAACUGGACCGCCACGUGCCAUUGACUGACGCCCAAUUUGGGAGACGCUGGAGAUGAUGUGGAAGGAAGAUUCUAGCUGGCUUGCGGCAGGGAGCGUCAUCUCAGUUUGGAAGAACCAAGGGUUUAGUCCCGGUGGUUCUGGCGACACCUUGCUCACGCUAAGAGAAUCUCCAGAGGUUCUUGUCCUUGUUUAGAGGCAGAUCCAUUUGUGGUGUGUCCCACGUGACUGCUCGUUGCCGGAUAUCACUACCUCAGCCUGAAUAACGGGUCAAGUCAGCACGUUUCCAAACCAUUUCAACACCGCUGUUUUGGGGACAGUUCUCAGUUGUUUGAGACUGGACCACGUGGUGAUGGUUAUGUCAUAUCCCUGUGGGUGUGUCUGGCCAGAGUUUCCAUCCUGUCAAGCAGGUGAGCCCUUGGCUAGCGGAAUCUGGGCGCGUCCGUGACAUCAGUUGUGGUGACAGCUUUUGCACGAUGUGAGUGACGGAGGGUUUGCUUCCUUCAGCUCUGGGAGGCAGUCUUGGCUGACAUCACACACAUGAUGCUCCCGCGGCUAAUUGAAGAUAGCCAUUGGGAUAUAGCCUUAGAGGGACUGGGUUGGGACGGUACUCAGCCGUCCGAGUAACACGGUACAGUUAUUCUGGGGAAAGGCUGGUGCUGUGUGCUGUGGUGUUGGGUUACAAAGAACAGGAGCCCAAGUCUGACAUACUUCAGGAGGAGCCCAGAUGAUGAAUAUUUGAGUCUGGCGUAGCUUCUGUGGGGAAGAGAACUCCUGUUUCUGGACAGUGGUUCAUUGGCUUAAGAUACACGCUCGACGAAGACUUCUGUUAGGCAUUCUGGUCUGCUCACGCAUUUCAAUUAAAAAUUUAAAACAGCAA